AUGCACUUCCCCACAAAGGCCCUGCUCGCCAUCCUGGCCACCUCGGUCGGACUGGCCACCUCGGCCGCCGUACCCCCCCACGUCGAGUUGCAGGACCGCAGCUCCAAGAUCACGUUCACCGUUCUGAACAAGUGCAAGCACUCGUUCGCGCCCAUCUUUACGCCUCCGCUGCCGGGCCGGUCGAGCUGGCCGGUGCUGGCGCACAACGAGCAGGCGGUACACACCUUCAAGUCGGACACGUACCGCGGCAAAGUCUUUUCGCCGCUGCGCAAGGCCGACACGACGACGGGCGACGGCGCCACGUGGGGCGAGCUGGCCCUCGACGACGGCGACUACAACGUCUCGCUCGAGGGCGGCUACAAUGUGCCCCUCCUCAUCUGGAACCAGGGAAGGCAGUACCAGGGCUACUGCACGCCCGCGUGGUGCGACGGUCCGAGCUGCAAGGACGCUUACAAGGCCUCGUCUGGCCUCCUCGAGGGACAGGGACAGAGGUCCGGUGGCGAGACGAGGAAACCCAACCACUCGUGCCCGCCCUCGUUUGGCAACUGGAUCGUCCAGUUCUGCUAG